CCGGAUCCUUCUUCUCGACACGCGCCGGUGACGUCAUAUCUUAUUUACCUCCUCGGCGAUUCGAAGGCACUUUUCCCAGUGUCUCAUGAGGCGAGAACAUGUCUAUAUUCACUCCGACAAACCAGAUCCGGCUGACCAACGUGGCCGUGGUUCGGAUGAAGAAGGGCGGGAAGCGGUUCGAAAUCGCUUGUUACAAAAAUAAAGUCAUGAGCUGGAGAUCAGGCGCAGAGAAGGACCUGGACGAGGUGCUGCAGACGCACUCUGUUUUUGUCAAUGUCUCCAAAGGUCAGAUGGCGAAGAAGGAUGAUCUGGUCAAAGCUUUUGGAACAGGCGACCAAACAGAAAUCUGCAAGCAGAUUCUGUCCAAAGGGGAACUCCAGGUGUCCGACAAGGAGAGGCAGAGCCAGCUGGAGGCGACGUUCAGAGACAUCGCAACCGUCGUGGCGGAGAAGUGUGUGAAUCCAGACACCAAGAGGCCUUACACGGUCGGCCUGAUCGAGCGAGCGAUGAAGGACGUCCACUACUCCGUGAAGCCCAACAAGAGCACCAAGCAGCAGGCCCUGGAAGUGAUCCGGCAGCUGAAGGAGACCAUGGAGAUCCAGAGGGCCCACAUGCGGCUGCGGCUGGCGGUGCCUGCCAAGGAGGCCAAGAGGCUGAGGGAGAAGCUGAAGCCGCUGCUGCAGGUGGUGGAGAGCGAGGAGUUCGACGACGAGCUGGAAAUGGUGGUUCUGGUGGAUCCCGGCUGCUUCCGGGAGAUCGAUGAGUUGAUCCGCUGUGAGACCAAAGGCCGAGGCUCUCUGGAGGUGCUGAGCCUGAAGGACGUGGAGGAAGGAGACGAGAAGCUAUAGGAGCCGAUUCACUUCUGAUUCACUAAAACUCCUACAGAGACACAGUUUAUUGUCUAACUCACCUUUUUUUCAGCCUUUAAUGCAGCAGCUGUGCUUAAGAGAAACUCUCACUAAUCCCACUGGUGAAAAGAGUCGAUCCGGGGGCGUCAGGCUUCAGCGUUCAAAUCUAGAAAACUAAAGCCAGCAAUUAGCGCUGAUCUAUAUGUUAUUAUUUAUUAUUUUCCAGUCCUAAUGUGCACAUCUUUGACUCCUUCCUUAUCUUCACAGAAAUAAAUAUUUAAGUCCAGCAAUUAAUCCUGCUCUGCAGCUGAACAGAAAAAACCUGUUUGUUUUCAGUAGACUGACAUAAAAUGAUUAUUCAUUUAUACACAAUCUAUCACUUUUCCUGGCAGCCCAAUAGAAAUAUGUCAAAUAAAUUCUUAUUUUCAUUAUGACGGAGAAAAACAGUGUUUAAUGUAACGUUGCAACAUAAUUGUUUCAGAAAAUGUCGCCUUAAAAACCUAACUGAAUGUUGUUUGUUUUUUUUCGUGAACAGUUUUCCGGAGGCGUAAUUGCACGCUUCUUUUAGCUACUCUUCAAAAUGGAAAAGACUGGAAAACAUGGCAUUUAGGUUUGGUGAUGUAACAUCAAAUUCAUAUGAGUUUCCAUAGCACUACUUCACAGCUUUCGUCCUGCUGUCACGAACAGAAACGGAGGAUUUGGCGUUUUCUACACUAGAACUGUGUGAAAAAGAGGCUGAAUACGUGGAAAAGCAACUCAGAUUUAUUGUAAUAAGCAUGGCGAAGGACCUGUGAUGCUGUGGGUUUGUUUGCAAAAGUGUGACAUCAGAAACUCGAUAAAUAAAUGACUGAAAAUGGAA